GUUAUUGUUUUUUUUAUCUUAAUACUUUGUGUAGCAAAGUAUCAAAGUUUAUUUUGUUAUUUCCAUCAUACACUUUGGCUCAGUAGGUAGAGCAGCGGACUUCAGAUUAAGGGGUGCCGAGUUCGAUUCCCGAUGGAAUCGUUCAUUUUAUAGCUCAAUUUAUUUUUUCUAAAGUUGAAAAUCGAUGAUUAAUUACUGAUCUAUUCGAGUCAAGUAUUAUUACAUAUUUAGGUUUUAUACCUUUUUGUCCAAAUCUUGCUUGGAAAUCAUUUGUUUGGAUAUAUAGAGAAAUCAUUGAAUUCACAAGGAAGGAAAUGUUACAGUAAAAAAAUAAUAAUUUAAUUUCGUAUAACAAGAAUAAUUCCCUUCCGCUCCCUAACCCCUCUUUUUUAUCAUACAUUUUGGUACAACUCUUACUCUAAAGAAUGUUUAUUAGCUUAUUGAUUCAGCUUUGACUCUUUGUUACGGGUAGGGUAAUGGGGCUUUUAUUGUAACUCCUGGUAAGUUGCAUCUUGUCAAUGCCCCCAAAAAUCACGUGAUAAUUGUAGGUACAGUUUUACUGAUAUAUUUUUUUUCAUAGAGAGUUUUAAAACCUUUACGUCAGUUCUAUUUUUAUUAUCACGUGCAUACUUGUACGUUUAAACCGCCAUUUUACUACUCAAGACAAUAGGAAGAUGUCAAAGAAAAUCAAAGAAUCCGAUGAAUCUCGACUCUCUAAACCUGGAAAAGAGGAGAUGAAAGGAAAGCAAGUAAAGAAGAUAGAAGAUCCUGUCUCAUCCACAAGUGGAAUGGAGCAAGAAAAAGGAGAGGACUUUAAAGGAAAGCAAGAAAGAAAGAUUGAAGAUCCUGUCUCGAGCACAAGUGAAAUGGAACAAGGGAAAGAAGAGAAAUUGGAAUUAAAGCAAGACAGAAAGAAUGAAGAUACCCCAGUGAGACAGAAUAUAUGUAUGGAGGAUGAUGAAAUCCCUUCAAGUCAACGAUGAAAACACCGAUAUCGUAUGUUUAACGAAGCGAAGAAGUUAAGAAAACGAAAACAUAGCUUCGUCAGGAAAAAUGGGUUUCAAUUAAAAUGAGGCUGAUUGCUUGUUUUAACAUGACGGUUUUUGGACAUUUUUUGUAAAUAAAGUUAAAUCUUGACUUAAACAUGAUGCUUUGAUUGAAAAUUAAAGAAACUGUUUUAUUAAUUUUGUUAGAAAUUUCAUUUGGAAUAUAGAAAAAAAAACCUGGAGGUUGAUGUUUGUUUGUAAAGACAAAAGUUCCAUACUUUGAAUAAAUAAAUUUGAGCAAUCAGUGUAUUUAGUUAAGGAAUGAUUUGUUAUUGAACUUGAUCAGUUUUUCAAAACCUUAAUGAGGAAAAAUUAUGUUGAAAUCUAGCAAGAUGUUUCUAGGUAAAUACUAUGAAAGCU